AUGCAGUCUCCAGCUGACCCCGCCGCCAGCAGCAGCAGCAGCAGCAGCAGCGGCGAGCCAAAGACGCAGUCUCCAGCUGUCCCCGACGCCGCCGCCGCCGCCGCCGCAGCCAGCAGCGACCUCCAGGCCCUCAAAGGACAGAUCAGCCUCCUCACAGAACUUGGCAACCGUGUAGAGAGCCUGCGACAAACGCCAUCCUAUCUGCGGCUGGGAGCCGUCGCCCCUUCGACGUCCCCGAUUGCAAGCAAUGUAAGCCCGGCGUCACAGGCAGCGCUCAUUAGCCACGGCUUCGAGGGCAUCAAACUCUUUCUGGAAAAAGUCCAGUCCGAUCCCGUCCAGGACGUCCUCAGGAAAGCGAGCGAGAGCGAGGCCGAGGACAAGCGCAACCUCGACUUCAACCACCCGCGCAGAAAUCUGAAACACAACAGACAGCCGUCGCCAGACUCGCCCCAGCCCUAUCGCACCUUGCAACCUAAAACGUCCCUAUUCCCCCCGGACGAUGCUGCGGCGCCAACGCCAUUACGGGUCGAUGAUCUCGUCCAUUACAUUCGCUCGUACAACACGACCAACGCCCAUCGCCUCCACGUCUGGACCGCAACGCCACGGCCGAGCAGAUUAAAUCUGCCGAGCGAGCUCAUGGUCCGCUUCACCAUACGCGACGUCGUGACCGUCUAUCUGACGCUGGGCAGCAUGCCCCCUGAGUCCACCAUUGUCGUCGAGGGUGCGACCGCCUUCGGACCUCGCGAAAAGAAGCCGCCGCACUCGCAAUCGAGCUACGUGGUGUACCAGCGACUGUCGCAGCACCUCGCAAAAAUGCUGCAGUCCAAGCCGCAGGCGUCCUUCCAGUUGGUCAUGGUGCUCCUCGCCUCCUAUGAGGAUCUGUUCGUGCGACGGUGCAGCGCCUGCCAGCGGGUCACGUCUGCGGAAGGGCACCUUCCGCCCGCGGCCCGCGUCUGGGUGCCCAGCGAACGCGAGGGGGAGGAGGGACACUGGGACGCGAAGCAUCCGUCGUGUCUGCAGUCGUAG